CUUCCUGACGCAGCAGCUGUUGUAUGAUGCUUCCAAACUCUUUGGACUGCUAGCUUCGAUCUUUUCCAAAUACCUAUCCGUUUCGUAGAGGUUUCCAAGCCUUAUAUUCGAUUAGUCUUCUAGGAAUCGCGAGAUGGCGGGCCAGGCUCCAUAUUCCCCACCAGAGUGUACAUCAACCUCAAAUGUCGGUCGAGGCUCAAGAGAUUGUGAAAUCGACUACUAUCAUCAAAAUUUCCUCAAGGAGGAGUCGAGAUUAUUCUCUACGAAGACCGAUGAAGUCGAGACGCUCUAUCUCCCAAGUGGAGCAUCAGGUCGGUUCUGUGAACACGACUGUAAAUUGGCUUGGAUAUUUCCCUGACAAGAUAUCAGAAUCGGCAGGUCUUCAACAAAGAAUCGGGAAAUGGGAUCAAGACAACGCCAACGACGGCGGUUUCUUCCUUCACGUUAUUCGGCAAGAGUAUUCAUGGGGCCGACUUCUUAUAUCGCCUUCCUCGUUACAAUCUCUCAUAUCACAUCAUCACAUAUUCCCUCAGUUCUAUGCUCUCAUUGGUGGUUUUGGUUUCAAAACCAGCGAAGAUGACAAAGUCUGGGAUGGCUAUCAUUCAAAUGCUCGAACGGUCCGAAGCAGUGAGAACAUGAAUGUGGAAUUUGAAUGCUGUUAUUCGAUUCGCUACGUGCAUCUGAAUGGUCGAAAUUCGAAAAACCCAUGGUCUUUGCGGCAAAUUGGAGUUUAUCACAAAGCAAAGAAUGCGGGAAAAGAUUCGGUAUGGAUACUGGUGCAGCCCCCGGGAACGCUCUAUAAACAGUGGAAGUCAAAGAUGGAGUUUACACCACCAGACGAAGCGAGUUUUAAAGGGCGAGAUGUUGACCUCCAUCUUAGCAUAUUGUCAGUAACAUUGAAUAAUUGGGAUCACCAUAUCGAGUACCUAAGGAACGAGCUCUCAGAGUUGGAAGAUAAAGCCUGUUUUUCUCGUGUCGGAAUGGAAAAACCGCAUGACUAUUCAGUUGCAUUCAGCGACAAGCAAAAGCUGCAGCGCUUUCGAGAAAAACUGCUUCGCUAUGAAGGCGUUCUUAAGGCAACGGUUACCGUAAUAGAGUCGCUGAAGUCUCACUUCAGGCAUUUUAGCGGCUCUCUUUCCGUGGACGAACAGGACCUAAAUCUCAUGGAAUUCGACAACUUUUCGAGAACCUGCAAAAGGCAUCAACAAAGCAUUGCCAUCCUCUUGCAACGGAUGGUUGGAAUAGAUCAGCUGCUGUCGAAAAUUCUUGAGCUUCGCAACGACUACGCCGUCGUACAACUGAAUCAAGCCAUGCAAAAUAGCCUUUGCAUGCUCAAUCAAAUAUCGGCCCAAAACGCCGACGUGGCGGAGCAAGGAAGAAUGGAAGCAAACACACUUACGCUUCUUACAAUUAUUGCAACGAUGUAUUUGCCAGCCUCGCUGCUCGCGACUUUGUUUAGCUCCAAUCUCAUCCAGCUCGUCGAAGACGGCAACCCCUCGGCGCAAAGUGGGCCCACGCACUUCAGGCUUGCAUCACAGUUCUGGAUGUAUGCUCUACUCACGGCAGUGAUGACCAUGAUGACCUUACUUCCAACGUUUUUGGUAUCAAAAUUGAAAAAGUUUAAGUCCAAUUUCACAGCAUGAACUGAUAGUCCAAUGACAUCUUCUGGAAACGAACUGCUGCAUCUUUCCAAAAUGACUUUGCUUGCCAAAAAGAAACAAUAGACUUCUAUAAUAUAAAUCAACGUGUCGCUUGCGAUUCUAUAG